AUCGUGGACAAUUCUACUUUUGGCCCCGAGCUGGCGAACUUUCUCGCGCAUAUGAACCACGAUGUUUUAGAUUCGGCAGCGAUGACUACCGAAGCGCACUCCGUAGUCCUCAAAGGCACAGACCCUGCACAUCCUCGCCAUAUCACCGAACUUCUGACUGGCAUCCUCCGCGCCUUUGGCGAGCCAGCUGACAUCCCUCGUAUUCGAAAAUGUAUAUGUGAUGAUGUCUUAUGCUCGAAGGACAAGCUUCCGUGGCGAAGAUCGUCCCUCUGGCUUGUCAUAAGGGUUGUAUUGCAGACAUCUCUCGAGCGCACCACCCUUGGUCGAAAGGGCUACAAGGCUUUCAUGGCCUCGCUUAUGGCGGACCUUGUGUCCAAAGCGCUUGAGAAGGAUCUGUCGAGCGAUCUGCUCUACUUCAUGUCCACCCAGAUUAGUCGCCGC